AUGGUACGUCGUACGAGAAACGCGGACCUAUUAAAUGCCGCGACAAAAGACGCUUCGUGAGGUUAGGUCGGAUCGUGAAAAGUAGACAUUCGUCCGGCAAUCGUCGUCGGUCGCGAGUGAAUGAGAAGUGGAGCAACUGGAGUACAGAUUAGCCUCGACGUUAACGAAUCCUCUACGUUUAUUCGCAAAAAUGCGACGCGGUUUCAGAGGUUCGUCGCACUACUUCGCGCGACAUAACAGAAAUGAACAAACACAGUCUACAUCUGGACAAGGAAGAGCAUAUUCACAAACUCGAAGACCUCCUGGAUUAAGAGGAAAGGAAAUAGGAUUGUAUUACAGAAACAAAAAUAUAGAAAGAAAGAAAAAGAAUACUCCAGAAAUGUUUAAAUUAUCAUUUCAAACAGAGCAAAGAAUUAAGGUUAUAUUAAAUGACUCAAAAAGAUUUUACAAUUUAAUUCCUCAUGAAAAUUUCAAAUCCGAGGACGGCAAAUAUCAGAUUCAUGAUAUUCAAUUUAGAAGAAAAUUUUUAGACAUUAUACACGGCGAUAUGCAGCAGAAUCUUGCCAAAGCUAUAAGUGUGAGGUCGAAGUUGCAAAGAAAUAGCGACAUAGACAGAAUAUUACAAAGUGAAUACAGAGACAAGCAGAGUCAGGAAGCUUAUAAAAAUAUGUUGAAGUUUCGAUCAAAGUUACCAGCAUAUAAAAAAAAAUCAGAAAUAUUACAAUUGAUUGAGGAUAAUCAAGUUGUUGUUAUUAGUGGAGAAACCGGAUGUGGCAAAACUACACAGGUCGCGCAAUUUAUAUUGGAUGAUGAGUUAGAAGCGGGAAACGGUAGCGUUACUCGAGUAAUUUGCACGCAGCCUAGAAGGAUUUCAGCUAUUUCCAUUGCUGAACGUGUAGCUGCAGAAAGAGCAGAAAGACUUGGAAAUUCUGUCGGCUACCAGAUACGACUUGAAAAAACUCCAUCGCGAGAACAAGGAAGUAUAUUGUUUUGUACUACUGGUAUAUUGCUGCAAAUGAUGAAACAUGAUCCAGCAUUAAAGGGUUUCUCUCAUGUGAUACUGGAUGAAAUUCACGAACGUAGCACAGAAAGUGACUUCAUCAUUACAUUAUUAAAACAAGUUAUCCCAAAAAGAGUAGACUUGAAAGUUCUCUUGAUGAGCGCAACAUUGAAUGCUGAAAGAUUUUCGACAUAUUAUGACAACUGUCCGAUGAUACACAUACCGGGAUUCACCUAUCCAGUACAGGAAUUUUAUUUAGAAGACGUUUUAUCGUUUGUAGGAUACAGAUUUCCCGAACCACCACCAGAACCUACAGGUUACAGGAAACAUUUGAAAAGAUAUAAAGAGCAACAGAAUAAGAAAGACGAAUUUCUAGACGUAUUACAGCCUUAUAUUAGACAACUUAUAGCUGAGAAGAAAUAUGAACCACAAGUUAUUAAAGAAUUACGGAAUCCACUUAGUGAAGAUCUUUCAUUGGAGCUCAUACAAGAAUUAGUUAUAUAUAUCUGUAACACAAAAAAUCCGGGCGCUAUUCUAAUUUUUUUACCUGGCAUGAUGGAUAUAUCGAAAUUAAACAAAAUGUUACAAACUAAUUCUAAACUUAAACCAAACGAUAAAUUCGUCAUCUAUCCUCUUCAUUCACGUAUGCCGACAGUUGAUCAGAAACUUAUAUUUAAAGAGCCACCUCCUGGCGUUCGUAAAAUAAUUAUUGCAACUUCAAUUGCUGAGACGUCAAUAACUAUAGAAGAUGUUGUGUAUGUAAUAGAUUGCGGGAAAACGAAAUUUGGAAAAUUCGACGUGAAUAAGAACAUUCAGACUUUGGAGCCUGAAUGGGUAUCCUUAGCCAAUGCCAAGCAAAGACGCGGUAGGGCUGGCAGGGUUAAAAAUGGGGAAUGUUAUCAUAUGUAUACAAGAGCACGAGAAAUGACACUUGAGCAAUAUCCAUUGCCAGAGAUGCUGAGGACGCGCUUAGAGGAGGUAAUUUUGCAAAUAAAAAUCCUGCAAUUAGGCAGAGUCAAACCGUUCCUAUCUACCGUCAUGGAUUCGCCAGAUCUAAAAGCCAUUGAUCUGUCUCUUGACUUACUCGAGAAACUCAAUGCCCUCGACGAAAACGAGAAUUUGACUCCCUUGGGCUAUCAUUUGGCGCAGUUGCCGCUUGAUCCUAGAACAGGAAAAAUGAUUCUGUGGGGUGCAUUGUUCUCUUGUGUUGAGCCAAUAUUUGCUAUUGCUGCCAGUCUCACAUUCAAAGACGCUUUCUAUUGUCCAUUGGGACAAGAGGAGCAAGCUAAUAGAAAAAAGUUGGAGCUCAGCAUGGAGCAGUAUAGUGACCAUAUUGCUCUCGCGGAGGCUCUAAGAAGAUACGAGGUCGCACGCCAAAGAGGCAAGGCUUGGCAGUUUUGCCGAGAGUACUUUCUCUCUUUCAACACGUUGAAACUUCUCUCCGAAAUGAAAACUCAAUUUGCACAGUAUUUGUAUGAGAUGAAAUUUCUGGAUAGUGAGGACCCAAGCCAUAUAGAAUCUAAUAGAAAUUCGGAUAACAUAGCGUUGAUAAAAACCAUCGUCUGUGCAGGAUUAUAUCCUAACAUCGCUGCCAUAAGGAAAAUUACGAAAAAUGGGGUGGUCGGUUGGACGCCGGAAGACGGUUCUGUACGUUUACAUCCGUCGAGCGUAAAUAACAGAGCCUCCAACUUUCCCAGUCAGUACUUGACAUAUUUCACAAAACAACGCUCCACCGCUAUAUUUUUACAUGAUACUACAUGUAUAAAUGUACCGAGUUUAGUGUUUGCCGGACCAAGUCUGUCGAUAAGACGAGAAAGAGGACAUUAUAUAAUCAGUAGCUUGAACUUUUUGGAAGAUGUUGUUUGCGAUCGAGAAACUGCGGAAAUGAUACAGGAACUUCAGCACGCUCUGAAUAGUUUAUUGGAAUAUAAAGUUACGAAUCCAGCAACGGUAUCGUGGUCAACAUUUGAAGGGGACUUAUUAAAGGGAAUUAUUGAAUUGGUCUCUCAAACAGAUCAAGAAGUGGGUUUUGAUAAUACACGUGAAAGCGUACAUUAUGAAGAUUACAUAGACGAUACUAUCGAUUGAUUGCAUUCAUUAAUUUGUAUUUGUAAUAUUUAAUUAAUAUUACAACCUAAUUGUAAUUGUUAAUAUUUUACUGCUCCGAUAUUGUUCAAAGAAUAUACAUCGUUAAAAUCAUGUCAUCAAAUAAUUUGUACAAUAAACUCUUUAAUUUUUUUCGUUAA